UGUAUAUAUCACAUUGGCUAUUCAUUUUUGUUAUUAGCUGAUCUAUAGAUAAUGAUGAUCGGUAAUCUACAUGUAUUCCCAAACGGACGAAUCGAAAGAGAACGGAAACCUAAAUGUGCCAGAUGCAGAAAUCACGGACUGGUCAGUUGGCUGAAAGGACACAAGCGGCAUUGCAAGUACAAGGAAUGUGCAUGCGAAAAAUGCAACCUCAUCGCGGAACGACAACGUGUGAUGGCAGCUCAGGUGGCUUUGAAAAGGCGGCAAGCCACCGAAGAUGCAAUUGCUCUUGGACUACGAGUUGUUGCUGGGCAAGCAAUUGAUAGGCUCCCUCAAGGUCCAGUUUGGAACACAGCUGGUGGUGAAGACGAAGAUAUGGACUACUUGGAUGAAGAAAUCGAAGAAAAACCGCCAACUCCAGUGUCAGAGGAACUCGUCCCUUUGAAACGGAAGAAAGUAGAGGAGACAUACGAAUUGUCGAGCUUCUCACCAAUUGAACUCCUGAUGACUUUAUUUUGUGAACACGAAAAGCACGUGCUCGAACUUGUGCUCGAAGCCUGCCAUGGAAAUGUACUUCAAGCCAUUGAACAUUUUGCAAAUGUGAGACGAGUGAAAAAUAUUAAUCAAAUGAAGCUAUUCGCUGCAGCAACAAGGAUGGAUCACGUGUUUCCAAAUAUGACAAACUUUAUACUUCCAAAGCAAUCUUUUCUCAUUGAUUCGUUGUUAGAGCAACCAACAUUCCCAGUCUCCAGUCAAGCAUCUACAAGUACUAAAACCUGCGAUUCAAGCAGUGUCGACUCAAUCUCUCCAAACUCGUCAACAUUCGAAUCGUCAUAAUAAAUUUAUCUCAAAACACUUAUCACGUGUUUUCAACCGUAUUACUUGUGGCAAAUCCCCUCAUAAUCAACAAAGUUCCAAAUGUAUUAAUUUUAACUCUACAUAUGUCUGCUGAUUAAAUUAAUUUUGC